GUUUUCGCCCCGCCCUGUCGGGCCGGGCUUCCGCCGACCCGGGAGGCGUGUUCCGGGCUCUCAGGCCCUGCGCUGGGCGCCGGUUACGACCCCGCUCCCCGUCUCCGGUGCCAUGGAGGCACCGGGGGAGGCGGAAGUCGAGAAUGAGGACGGCGACAGCAACUGCGGGGAUUUGUGCUUCAUGGACAAAGGCCUGCGGAGCAUUUCAGAGUUAUCUUUAGAUUCAGCUCUUCAUGCCAUCAAUCUUCAUUGCAAUAACAUCUCGAAGAUCACAUCCAUUGAUCACGUUUGGAAUUUACAACAUUUAGAUCUGUCAUCUAAUCAAAUAAGUCAAAUUGAAGGACUAAACACACUGACAAAACUAUGCACUUUAAAUUUGUCCUGCAAUUUGAUCACAAGAAUAGAAGGUCUUGAAGCACUAAGUAAUCUGACUAGACUGAAUUUAUCUUACAACCACAUAAAUGAUCUUAGUGGGUUGAUGCCUCUUCAUGGAAUUAAACAUAAACUUAGAUACAUUGACCUGCACAGUAACUGCAUCGACAGUAUCCAUCACCUACUUCAGUGUACGGUAGGAUUACACUUCUUGACUAAUCUUAUUUUGGAAAAAAAUGGAGAGGAUAAUCCUGUCUGUCAUUUACCAGGAUACAGAGCAGUUAUGCUCCAGACUUUGCCACAGCUCAGAAUCCUAGAUUGUAAGAACAUAUUUGGUGAGCCAAUAAAUAUGGCAGAAAUAAACUCAUCGCACCUACAGUGCUUCGAAGGUCUUUUGGAUAAUUUAGUUUCUUCUGAGUCUCCCCUAAAUAUAAGUGAAGAUGAGGUCACGGACGGGAUGCCAGCGGCGCCCCGCGGCGGCGACGCGGCGCCCUUGGGCCGGCCUCCAGGCGCGCCGACUGACGCCGGCUUGACAUCGCUCACAUCUGUGUGUCCCUCUUCUGAGCCCGAGAAAGUGCAUCACGAAAGUGAUCUUCAGAAUGAGGUGCAACUGCAGAAAUUAGAUGAUCAAAUUUUACAGCUUCUCAGUGAGACUUCUAAUUCUAUAAUAGAUAAUGUUCCUGAGAAAGAUCCCAGACCAAAAAGAGACACAGAUGUGACUUCUGAAAGUGACUAUGGAAACAGAAAAGAAUGUAGUAAGAAAACUUCUCGAAGAUCAAAAAUCCCCUAUUAUUCCAAAACUAUUCAGACUAUUAAACACCACAGUAAAAACAGCAGUACUUUUAUAAGUUGUAAUCGUAAAAUGAAACCACCUUUCCUUAAAGAAUUAUAUAUAAGUUCGUCUUUGCCAAACAAUAGUACAUUAGAAGAAUCAGAAAACCAGAAGACUGAAAUAAUGAAAGUAAACAAUGAUGGUUCAGAAGAUGCCACUUACCGGGCACUUGUUGAGGAACUAGAUGAAGAGAGAGAGAAGAGAUGGAAAGCUGAACAAACUGAAAAGAAGCUUAUGGAUUAUAUUGAUGAACUGCAUAAACAUGCGGAUGAAAAAAAAGAUAUUCAUAGCCAGGCUCUUCUUACUACAGACAGGCUAAAAGAAAUUAUUUUUAAAGAGAGAAAUUCCAAGCUUCAGCUGGAAAUUAUGGUUCACAGACUUCAAAAUGAAAUUAAAAAACUAACUAUUGAAUUAAUUAAAGCAAGAGACCAACAAGAUGAUCACAUUAGACACCUGAGAACCCUGGAAAAAGCGCUGGAGAAAAUGGAGAGGCAGAAGGGGCAGCAGCAAGCCGCACAGAUGCGACUUAUCCAAGAGGUGGAACUCAAAGCUGCUGCUGCUGAUAGAGAAAUAAACUUACUUAGGACUUCUCUUCAUCAGGAAAAGGAACAGGUGCAACAACUUCAUGAACUGCUUGCAUUAAAAGAAAAAGAACACAGGAAAGACAUUGAAACAAGGGAGUUUUUUAGUGAAGCUGAGUUCCAGGAAGCCUUAGCUAAAGAAAUUGCUAAAGAAGAGAGAAAGCAUGAGCAAGUUAUAAAAGAAUAUCAAGACAAAAUUGAUGCAUUAAAUCAACAGUAUAUGGAUUUAGAAAAUGAAUUCCGUAUUGCUUUAACUGUUGAAGCCAGAAGAUUUAAAGACGUUAAAGAUGGUUUUGAAAAUGUUGCAACUGAAUUAGCAAAAAGCAAGCAUGCUCUCGUUUGGGCUCAACGAAAAGAAAAUGAGUCAUCUUCUUUAAUUAAAGACCUAACCUGUAUGGUGAAGGAACAAAAAACAAAACUUGCAGAAGUUUCUAAAUUGAAACAGGAAACAGCAGCAAAUUUACAGAAUCAAAUCAACACACUUGAAAUUUUAAUUGAAGAUGACAAGCAGAAGAGUAUUCAAAUAGAACUUCUCAAGCAGGAAAAAAUGCAGCUUAUUUCCGAGCUAGCUGCCAAGGAAUCGCUAAUUUAUGGUUUAAGGACAGAAAGAAAAGUAUGGGGACAUGAGUUGGCACUACAGGGGUCUUGUCUAGUCCAAAAUCAUGGGAGAGUAGAGGCUCAGCUUGAAAGUUUGUAUAGGGAGAAUGAAUGUCUGCGAAAAGCAAGCGAGCGUGACAGUGACACAAUAAGAAUCAAAUGUAAAAUCAUAGACGACCAAACCGAAACCAUUGGAAAAUUGAAAGAGUGUUUACAGGAAAGAGAGGAACAAAUCAAAAUAUUACAUGAAAAGAUCACUGAAAUACAAAAAUGUACUCAGGAACAACUUGAAGAAAAAUCUUCACAACUGGAUGAAAUAGUUGAGAAACUAGAAAGACACAAUGAAAGGAAAGAGAAACUAAAACAGCAGCUGAAAGUGAAGGAAUUAGAACUUGAUGAAAUCAGAAAAGCUUACAGUACACUUAAUCAGAAGUGGCAUGAUAAAGGAGAACUUCUAUGUCAUCUUGAAAUGCAAGUAAAAGAAGUGAAAGAAAACUUUGAAAACAAAGAAAGAAAACUUAAAGCAGAAAGAGACAAAAGUAUCGAACUACAAAAGGAUGCAAUGGAAAAGCUUCAAAGUAUGGAUGAUGCCUUUAAGAAACAAGUUGAUGCAAUUGUUGAAGCUCAUCAAAAUGAAAUAAUACAACUGGCAAAUGAAAAACAGAAAUGUAUUGAUUCUGCAAAUUUAAAGGUCCAUCGAGUUGAAGAAGAAAUGCGUGGACUUCUGGAAGAAACAUGCAAGAACAAAAAAGCAAUGGAAACAAAAAUUAAGCAACUUGCUUUUGCUCUAAGUCAAAUUCAGCAAGAAAUUUGAUGGUUCUGAGAACAAAUUUAAUUGAAAUGGAUCGGCAGGCCUAUUGUAAAAAUGAUUAAAUAUUGUAAUAGUAGUAACUGCUGUGACUUUGAAAUGUCUCUUUCUACACAUUUCAUUCUGAUUAUAUUUUAAAAGACUUUUGAUCAAGUAUUAAUUGUAUAUGUAGGUUUUUUUAUAAUAAAUUGUUGACAAUUAUGUGUAUUAGAAAAACCUAUCAAAAUAACUAGACUUAAAACACUU